GAAAAAAGUAUGAAUAAAACUGUGAAGAGAUAAAUUUAUUCAAAAUAAAUUUCAUAGCAAGUUAAUUUUUGUAUGCAAUUAUUUAUAAAAUAAUUAAUUUUAACACCAAUUAUAGUAGAUCAUCUGAAAUAAAAGUGAAAGUUAAAUUUCCGUAAUUCGAUCAUGUCAAACGUUUAGUUUUACUAUCUUGUGGAAAUUCCCUUUUAACUCCGUCAUUCAAAGACUUAUUGUUUGCUUUCAUUUAGAGCAUCAUAUGUUUCAGAUUAUAUUUAGUUUGCAUGUUUCAGUAUGUUAAAUUGAAAAAUCAUAAAUGAUUGUGCCUGAAGCAAAAGUCGUUAUUCUUGGUGCCCAAGGUGUGGGCAAAACAAGUGUCAUUCAUCGAUAUGUUGGGCAGAUAUUUGAACAACAUACAUCACCCACUAUUGGUGCUUCCUUCUUUUCUAUAAAAAUACGGAUAGAUGACAAGGAUUUGGAGUUGCUGAUUUGGGAUACAGCUGGUCAAGAAAGAUUUCGUUCAAUGGCUCCUAUGUAUUAUAGAAAUGCAAAUGCUGCAAUUUUAAUGUAUGAUAUAACUAGCUAUUCGAGCUUUGAAUCAAUGAAAGAAUGGGUUAAUGAGCUUAAAAUUCGUUUAGAAGAAUCAAUAAUAAUGUGUGUUGUUGGAAACAAGCUAGACAAAAAUAAGAUGCGUCAAGUUGGCUACAAGGAAGCGACUGAAUUUGCUAUUUCUAUUGGUUCUCUUUAUCAUGAAUGUUCUGCCCUAAAUAGUGAAGGUGUCGAGGAAGUUUUCCUGGAUAUUGCACAAGAAAUACUUAAACGAAAUGCUAGACUACAGGAACGACAUGAUCGAGAAGCAGCUUUUCGUGAAGGAGAGGUUAUUCGUGUAUCAGCUUCAAACAAAAGUAAUUUUGCAGAAUCAACUGAGGAAAAGUCAUUUCUUUGCUGCUAACCUCUCUCCAUCAUAAAAAAUACUCUUACUUAUGGAAAAGAGAUAUGAAAAACAAAUAAUUUCUUUGUAACUUGGGAAAACGUUAUUUUACAAUAAUAAAAGAAUGCAAAUAUAGUGGGGCAAAAAGUAAUGAUACUAUAAGUAAGAUCAUUGUUUCAUAGAAUAGUUGGUGGGGGAAACUAGUCAAUCAGUAGAAAAAUUGGCAGGAAUAUUUUGUAUCUCUUUUAUUCUCGGUGCUAAAACAUUGUGAUUCCAUGUUUGUUAUUUCAACUAAUUGUUACCCUUUGGGUUUGUAAAAUCACUAUUUUUUCAUCUUGCUUUAAUAAUAUAUUUUUAUAAUUCAAAUUUUUUGAUGAAAAAAUGAGCUUUAUGUGUGCUUUUAAGGUGACAUUUACAAUUGUUAUUUGUAAUUAACUUGUACCAGUAUUUUUGCACAUUAUGCAUUUUCUGUUUUAUUACCUAUAAAUACUUAUGUAUUUAUGGAAUUCAAAGCAUAACAUUUCAUAUACUCUGUAUUCAUUUUAUCAUUGUUUAAUAAAAUGGAUUUUAAUAUCUUGCA